AUGAGGGAUUCAGUACUACUUGCACCAAGAAGAGAGAUGACUUUGUUCAACAGCAGGAGCGCUGUGGGUCUCUGUGCAGCUGUAGCAUUUACUACUGCUGCCAAAUACCUCUGCGUCUGCAACUACACUAAAUACGGUGCUUCUGGAGUUGAAGUCGUGUCUUGGAACGCUGGAGCUCUUCCUGCGCAUAUAUCUCGCACUAAGAGCGAUGUUAGGGACCUCAGAGCAGCACUUAGCUGUGACACCCGUGCUGAUGAAGCGCAUCAGCAACAAAAUGCAUCUACCAAGCCGCUCCGCGGCGUUGCUCCGUCAACUGCAAGGCCAGAAGACCAGACAGCCGCAUCAAAGUACCCUCCUCUGAAAAGGCGAAGCCUUAGCGUAUUCGAGCAAAAGAAAAUAGAAAAGGCACUUCAUGCACAACAGCAGGCAAUUUUGGAGGGGACACCACAGCGCAUUGCAGGGAGGGUUUAUUACGGGCCUUCAUUUCGCUGCUCUCCUUCGGAGGUAAGGUUUAAAGGCUUUGAAGCCGGAGGAGUGUAUUCACAGGAUGUGGAGGUGACCAAUGUGAGCUUGGGGUUCAGCACAUUUCGAGUGCUGCCGCUCCCAGAGCAAGUGGAAGGAAUCAUCUCUGUUGCUUUUGAAGCAGCAGGGAGGAUGUCUGCCGGACGCAGCACGCGCCUAACUGUUACAUUUACCCCUAAAAAGGAAGACGAUCUGAAGACGGAAAUCCUACUACUUUCUCCCACAGGUCCACAGUUCCUACCAGUCAUAUGCUCGCGCAAAAGGUCUCUACUGUCAUUCCGCCCUCAAAAGAUAUCCCCUCAAGCGCUGCUCAAAUCACUGCACACUUUGGGUGUGCCUGCGCGAGGGGAUAGGACGGGAGGAUUUGAGACCAAUGUUAAAAGGAAAGCGGAGGGAGACAACCACGAACCAAUUGAGGGAGCAAAUUUUCAUUCAGGCAGACGGGCUCAGGUUUCGGAUGAGAGGGAAGCCAAAGACGGCGUAGUGUAUCUUUCCGCUGGAGAUAUCCAGUUAGGCGAAGUGGCUGCAGUUCGCUUCAGACUAUCGAAUACAGGGAGUCUCGGCACUGCAUACCGCCUCUUCCCUGUAUCUCCGGAAGGGCUGCCGGAGCCAUCGGAGGUAGACACCUCACCUAAUCAAGGGGGCGAGCAGGUAAAUGACACAGCGGGCCCUUUGCAAGAUCUGCCUGAGGAUCCAGCACCCGAAUGUCGGAACGUAGAUGACCCGGUCAUGUUUAGUUCUACAGAGCUGUCCUUAGAGGAAAAUCCAGGAAAGGAAACCAGCGCAAGUCCGCCGGAAGAAGACUUGCGGAGUCUUAGUGCUUCUGGAUGGUUGGAGGCACUCCAGGGCGAGUCAGUAGUGUUGGCGCAACGACUUCGGAUCUCAGACAAACAAAAUACACUUGCCUGGGCACGAAUCGUGUCUAGCGGCUUAGGUGGACUGUUGGAAAGUAGAACAGAGCAACAUCUCCAGGAAGCAUCCUGCACAGCCUCUCCCUUGCAGCUUUCGCUCCGAAGUACUCUUGUUAAGAAUGCAGCCGGCGAGCUAGAUGCCCUCCAAACGCAGGAGAUCACCAUUGUUCAUGCGCCGACCCGCACAGGGCGAUUUAUUGGAUUCUUUGCCCUGCAGUUCUCUGAUCCAGAUCAUGAAGAUGUGACGGUUAUAGUGGACGGACAGUGCGUCUUGCCUCCAAUCUGCAUGGACGCGCCCAUGCACGACCUCGGGAUAUGUGUUCCAGAUCGAGGGUACCGUCAGCACUUUCAAGUCACCAGCAGCAGCACCCUGACCCGCACGCUACAGGUGGUCUCGCCGGAAGUAGAAGAGGGAGUCUUGUGGGUAGAGCCACGUUGCUCCUUCGUACAGCCCAAAGGUGUAGCUUCUCUAACAGCGCAUCUUUGUCUCUCCUUCUCAUUCUUCGACCGCCAUCCCGAAUACGUUCAGCCCCUCCCUCCUGCCAUUGCCAAGACUAAUCUCAAAUCUGUAGCAUUCAAGAUACCAAUUCAGAUAAGGGCAAGCGAUCAAAUUCUUUGUGCGGAGACAGCCAUCACAGGUGUGAAUGAGAUUGACAGAAAUGCCAAUCGUGUAGGCCCUUUUUGUGCCUGUUCAUGGCGUGCCCAAAGAAUAAAGGCAUCCACAAGCAGUGGAGGCGCUAACGGGUCCUUUGGCUGCGCUCCACACAAAACAUGGAAAAUGCGGAUUGUGCUUGGUUGCGAGAGAGGUAGUAACAAGUGGUACCUCGCCUUCUGCGACGAGGAUUUCUUCCGUGCAGGUGUCCUCACUGAACUCCACUUACGCCUUUCUCGCACGACCUUGAGCUUUGGGACGUCCGAAAACACGAUUCGCCGAACCCAACUGAUAAAGGUCCACAACCCUUCUUUGUUGAUUGCAUCAUUCGGUUUCCGUUCAUCUGAUCGCGCUCUGCGGGUAUUGGAGCCCCCGCACUUCUCAGACCUUAGUGGAGAAUUUCCUUUGGACGAUUGCCAAGACACACAGACACCGCCUCCCUUUUUGGCCCUUCGGCAGCUUCAGGAGACGGAUAGCAAGACGUGGGACGAGCUGCAUCACUAUCUCCCCCACCUCGACUGCGGGGGCACGGGCAUGCUACUGCCGGGGGAGACACGAACCUUCGCUGUGGUGCUAGACCCAACAGAGCUAAGGUGCGACGCCCACGCCUUGCAGCUAGCAACAGGAAAGGCAGUAGAAAGGGAAGGCGAGCUUCGGAUGCGAGUCUUGCUGGCCAGCCAAGCUGCAUACGAAAUAAAAAUACCUUGGUCCGUUACUCUUAUCGAGUCUCCUAUUGCGAUCUUGCCUGCGCCUACUUUGAAGCUUCCCGCAACCCCUGUCGGUCAGAGUUUAUCGGCAACGUUAGAGUUGAAGCUUCUAGCCAGUCAGCUUGCAUUGGGGAGAGUAGAGGUCGAAGGAAGCCCCAAGCACUCUGGAUUCACCGAAAUUUCUUUAAAGGAAAACACUCAGUUCACAGCUAUCCUCGUAGAAGUCCAGCAGCCGCCUUCAAGUCUGAGUGGGCUCAGCAUUACGCCAACACGAGUGUUGCUUUACUCCAAAAAGCGCUGUGCUUCUCUAUUUAUUUGCUUCAACCCAACCAAUGAAUACAUGCAAAUUCAGCAGCGGAUACCGCCAGCAGUCGAAACAGAAGAUGCAGCAGCUGACCUUGAAAGGCUCCCGCCCCUUUCCACUGUACCUGAAACUGUGCAAUCUGGGCCACAACCGAGUGUUCUUCCGAACAGUGACAAGACGCAGCCUGCACCAUCAGGUGGAAGUCACAAAGUCCGAGAAGGACCUAAAAAGUCUGUAAAAGCCGAUGGCAACACACCUCUCGAGUCUAGAGCAGGUGCGGAAAGGCGCCCUCAUAAAGAUGCAAAACCUAAACUGACUAAACCAAGCCUCAAGCCUGGAGCAAGUAUUGGAGAUGAAGGAGAAAUUGUCGCAUUGGGCCUCCCAGAAGAUCCUUCAGAGCCUGGUGGCAAUGGCCACCUCUUGGCAACAGCUAGUGCAGCAGAGGGGUAUAAUCAUGCUGCUACUACCAUGCCAGAAAGGACUGAUGACAUGGCACUAAGAGCGGCUCUUCUGAAGAUUACCAAGGCUGGGGGCGCUAGGUGGACUAGUUUAGAAGAGGAUGGGGGAGGCGACUUCUUUGCUUUCGCCGACCCACGAGCGUUCCAUCACGGGCGGUGGCUCAUACCUCUAAAAAUGUGGCGCCUGACACCCAGGCAGGUCGAUGCUUUGCUCAUUGGAAAGGAAAUAGACUCUUCUCCGCACUUGCCCUUGGGUAGGGCUUCACAGUCAUUUAUCGAGGUCAGCACUUGCGCAACUCCCCCACUUGUCGUUGCUUCCUCAAAGAACUUGGACUUUGGCUCGGUGAUGGUGGGUCAGCGGAACUUCGCUGCCGACCUGACCCUUCAGUCAGCACGCACCCGGAUAACCAUCUCCCUGAACGGCUCAGGAAUUCAGCAGACAGUUGACGUAGUUCCGUUCCAGGCCGCCUACGACAUGGGGGCCGUGCUCUGCCCACCUCAGGGCAAAGGCUGGCUAAGAGGCGACUUCGAACUGACGCUUGCCACUGAGGGACACGCUACGCGGAUUUUGCGUUUCUUUGGCCUUGCGACUGCAAACCCAAUCUACGUGGCGGUGCCACUUGUACACGGUGGUUCAGUUUGCCCCCCAAGAGAGGCUGAAGCCUGUUCUUCGCAUGAGGGCGUCAUCGACCAUGAUCGUAGCAAUAAAUGCUGUUGCGAUGGCUCUGUGGAAUCCAAAAACUUUGAAGAUGCGCUAAGGGUUGGUAACACGUGCCUGGCGUGUUGCAUGGAGCUCCUACCAAGGCUUUCCGCAGAGCGUAAUCUUGUGUGCCCUGAUGAGCUGGAUUCCCCUUGGAAUCACGCGGUUGCAGAAGAAGGAAAUCCUACUCCCAAACUGAAGGCGCAAAACCCUUCUCAUCAGCAGGCGCAACUGGCGGGUAAUGACGCCGGCCCAGAGAAAAAGCGAUUUGAAUUACAGCAACACCAACAGAGCCAGCAGUUCCUGCAUGUCCAGUUCGGCGUGCCUUCCAGUGGUAGGUUGUUUAAAGAAUCAGAUGAGUUGGCAAGUCAUACACACGGAGAUAAAGCAAUUCGAGACGGCAGCAGCCAGAGACAGUCUACCGGUAGCCCUCCACCAUCAGUGCGGGAGGAGAGGCAAAAAGGAGACACAAUGGGGCUGCAGCAAGAAUCCGAUUUGGUAAUUGACAAUGAGGUAACGCGUACGAUAUUUGUUGCUGGGGCGUGGAGUCCAGGACGCCAGGGCUUGCCUCCCUACGCCUCCGUCAAGGAGGACAGCACAUAUUGCUAA